GCCCCGCCGCCGCCGCCGCACGCGCCCCGCGCCUCGUCGCACGCGCCCCGCGCCCGCCCGCCGCCAUCCUCCUCCUCCCGCCGCCAUGCCCGCCGACACGGGCAUGGAGAAACCGACCGCCUCGCCUAUCGCGGGGGCGCCGGCCAGCGCCAGCCACACGCCGGACAAACCGCGGAGCGCCAGCGAACACCGGAAGGUAAAUGGCGGCGGCGGGUGUCGAGCGGGGCUCAACAGCGGAGGCGCUGGAUGGCGGCGAGCCCGCGGUCGUGCUGAGUCCUCCAAGCCCAUCAUGGAGAAGCGGCGCCGGGCGCGGAUUAAUGAGAGCCUGGGGCAGCUGAAGACCCUCAUCCUGGAUGCGCUGAAGAAGGAUAGCUCCCGGCACUCCAAACUGGAGAAAGCCGACAUCCUGGAGAUGACGGUCAAGCACCUGCGGAACCUCCAACGGGCGCAAAUGACGGCCGCGCUCAGCGCCGACCCCACCGUCCUCGGCAAGUACCGGGCUGGAUUCAACGAAUGCAUGAACGAGGUGACGCGGUUCCUGUCCACCUGCGAAGGGGUGAACACCGACGUGAGGACCCGCUUGCUCAGUCACCUCUCGGCUUGCCUGGGUCAGAUCGUGGCCAUGAACUACCCACCGCCGCCACCGCCGCCGGCCGGCCAGCCCGCACAUCUGGCACAGCAGCCUCUGCACGUCCAGCUGCCCCCCGCAGCAGCCAGCGCCGUGCCCGUCCCCUGCAAACUGAACCCUGCCGAAGCCCUAUCCCCCAAAGUCUACGGGGGUUUCCAGCUCGUCCCUGCUACCGACGGCCAGUUUGCUUUUCUCAUCCCGAACCCAGCCUUUCCUCCCAGUUCUGGACCAGUUAUUCCCCUGUAUGCCAAUGCCAACGUCCCGGUGUCCGCGGGCAGCGGCUCAGGGAACGCGGCCGCCACCCCGUCGGCAUCCCCGGUGCAGGGGUUGACAUCAUUUGGGGGCAGCAUUGUUCCAGCGUCCCAGGCGGGAAGUCCCAUCGGAGAGCGCAGUGAAUCCGUGUGGAGACCUUGGUGACUUGCCUAAAAUGAUAUUCCCCCCCCACACACACCUCCCUACAUCCCCCUGCCCCCCCCCACCCCCCCCCAAAAAAAAAAAACACAACAAAAAAAAACAAACAACAAACACUCUUCUGUUGGCUCCGUUGUAUGGAGCCCUGUUAUGUUUGGGUUUUUUAAGCAGAUUUAAACAGAAAGGAAAAAAGGACCUCGCUAUGAACGUGCUAUUUAUUAUUUUCAGAGGUUGGGAUCUCGACUUGUAUUUUUACUCCUUUAAAAUGCCUUUAUUUGAGAUACUUUUUUUAAAAAAAAAAUAAAUGAGAAAUAGUUUUGUAACAAAUAUUCAAAAGUAUAAUGCCAAAGUUGUUUGUAUCCUGUUUGUCUGUGUGUGUGUGCGUGCCUGUGUUGAAGACUUCCAAAAAAAAGAAAAGAAAAAAAAAUUGCAGGUGUUUAA